AUGUUGGCCAUGGCGAACACCGAAUCCUCCGGCGAUACUGCUCGGCCCUGGCAGUGUUACAACACUGCUUACACCAAUGCUAAAGCCGGCAUGGAAGGCGUUGACAAAGAGAAAGUUCAGAGGAUAGUGUAUGAAAUGAGUAAAGGGUCGCAGUACUUUAAAAACGAGGAACGCAAAGAGGCCUUCUUUAGAGAAAAGAUAGAAAACAUGCGAGCUCGAUGUGCGAAGCUCAAACCAGCAGAUUUGGCUCACUAUCAAACGGUCGCUGAUAAGAUAAUCUUAGAGCUUGAAGCCACGCGUGACCUUUCAAGGAUUUGGGUACAUGUGGAUAUGGAUGCUUUCUAUGCAGCUGUCGAGACUUUAAGCGACCCUUCGUUGAAGGGGAAGCCCAUGGCCGUUGGUGGCAUGUCUAUGAUCUCCACUGCUAAUUAUGAGGCACGGAGAUUUGGGGUUCGUGCUGCGAUGCCUGGUUUCAUUGCUCGGAAAUUAUGUCCUGAGUUAAUUUUUGUUCCCACGGAUUUCAAGAAGUAUACUUAUUACAGUGAUUUAACUAGAAAAGUGUUCGAGAAGUAUGAUCCUAACUUCGUGGCUGCUAGUUUAGAUGAAGCAUAUCUUGAUGUAACUGAGGUUUGCAAAGAACGGGGCACUACUGGCGAAGAAAUUGCCAGAGAACUAAGAGCUGGUGUUCAUGAUGAGACUGGUGGUCUUACAUGCAGUGCUGGAGUGGCACCAAACCGUCUACUUGCUAAGGUUUGCUCAGAUAUAAAUAAACCAAAUGGACAGUUUAUUUUACCAAAUGACCGGAUGGCAGUCAUGACAUUUAUAUCCUCACUUCCUGUCCGAAAGAUUGGGGGCAUUGGUAAAGUCACUGAACAUAUCUUGAGGGAUGCACUUGGAAUUAGUACAUGUGAGGAGAUUCUGCAAAAGAGCAGCUAUAUUUGUGCACUAUUUUCUCAUUCUUCAGCAGAUUUUUUCCUCUCUGUGGGACUUGCAAUUGGGGGAACAGAUACUCCUCAAGUUAGAUCAAGAAGAAGCAUAAGUAAUGAGAGAACAUUUUCGGCUACAGGGGAUGAAGCAUUUCUUUUUUGUAAAUUGGCGGAUAUUGCAGAGAUGCUAUCUACUGACUUGCAAAAGGAGGGUCUUCGUGGGCGAACAUUGACUCUUAAACUAAAGACUGCAUCUUUUGAGGUUCGCACCAGAGCUGUGACUUCGCAAAAAAAUAUAUGCUCAACUGAGGAUAUUAUGAAGCAUGCUUCAAAGUUGCUUAAGGCUGAACUUCCUGUUUCCUUAAGGCUGAUAGGCCUACGGUUGUCUCACUUUGAUGAAGAAAAGGUUGGUGCUCCUUCUGAUCCCACACAAAAAACUCUCACCGACUAUAUGCUAUCAGGAGAUGCUUUAAGGAAAAAUAUGGGCGAUCAAAGUUCCUUGGACUUGGAUUCUACUGAUCACUGCAUGAUGCAUGGUGAAGAAACUUACUUAUCUAAAGACGGACAUCAAACAUCUUCUUGUGAUAAUAGAGAUCCGCUUGACGAAAAUCAUUUAUCAAAUUUAGAUGACAGUAAGUCUACUUCGGGCAAUUUUGAAGAAAAGGAAGAAAUUUAUGAAUCGACGAGCAAUGCAAAUGCAGAAAAGAUGAAUGCCAAUGACAGUCAGAAUGAGGACAAUGUACAGGAUGUAGUGCCACCAUUGUUGGGGCCAGGUUAUUCUUUUCCUGCUCAGUUUGAGGGCAGUAGCCUAGACAGAGUGAGUAGUGUAACUAAAACCCUUGGGGAUGUGGCAAGUUCUUCAGUCAGUCAGAAAGAGUUCCUUUUGUGGGUGAAUGACUACAAGUGUUCGAUCUGUGGGAUAGAAAUGCCACCAAGCUUUGUUGAGGAAAGGCAAGAGCAUUUUGAUUUUCAUCUUGCUGAGAAGCUUCAGAAAGAGGAAUCUGGGACUGACUUCAAAACUUGUGUUCUGAAGAAAAGAAAUGUCCCCAAGGAUCACAUUGCGAGCCAAAGAAAGCACAAAAAGCAGAAGCCGUCUCCAAAAGAAGGCAAACACAUACCUAUUGAUGUGUUCUUUGUUAAGAGCAAUCAGAACUUCUAG